ACGCGAAUACCGGAAAUGCGGAAUUCGGGGAGGGCGCACGCCAGGGCUGUGGGCCGGCAGCCGGGCGUCCCAGGUCCUGACAGGGAAGAAGUUGGCAGGUCCUGACUGGGGAGAGCUGUGGCGGAGGCACCUCCGCGUCCAGGUAGCUCCGGGGAUGGAGUCGCGGGUCGCGGCCGCUGAGGCUGCGGGGACUGAAGCAGACGCGGGCGAGGGUCCCAUGAUUGGAGGCGCCAAGCAGGGGUCGGUGGUCUCGGUGCCCAAGGGGGCCGCCCGGUGGAAGCUCCUGCGCCAGGUUCUGAAGCAGAAACAGCUGGAUGACUGUCUGAAACAUAUAUCUGUGAGAAGAUUUGAAUCGUUUAAGCUAUUCUCAGUCACAGAAGCCCAAAAAAGGGAAACUGAGGAAGAGGCUGGUGUGUGGGUCCAGUACACAAGCAUCCUUUAUCCCGAAUACAGUAUCUCCUUAAGAUAUAAUAGUGGAUCCUUGAAUGUAGAAGACGUUCUUACCAGCUUUGACAAUACAGGAAAUGUUUGCAUCUGGCCAUCUGAGGAGGUUUUAGCAUACUACUGCCUCAAGCACAGUAAUCUAUUCAGGGACCUUGCUGUGUGUGAGCUCGGGGGUGGCAUGACAUGCUUGGCUGGGCUCAUGGUUGCUAUUUCUGCAGAUGUCAAAGAAGUUCUGUUAACUGAUGGGAAUGAAAAGGCCAUCAGAAAUGUGGACAGCAUCAUCGCAAGCAAUCAGAAGACGGGCGUGUUUAAGGCUCAGAAAAUAUCAAGCUGCGUUUUACGAUGGGAUAAUGAGACAGAUGUCUCUCAACUGGAAGGACAUUUUGACAUUGUUAUGUGCGCUGACUGCCUGUUUCUGGACCAGUACAGAGUCAGCCUUGUUGAUGCAAUAAAGAGAUUACUCCAGCCCACAGGGAAAGCAAUGGUAUUUGCCCCACGCCGAGGGAAUACAUUCAACCAGUUUUGCAAUCUAGCUGAAAAAGCCGGGUUCUCUCUCCAAAGACGUGAAAAUUAUGAUGAACACAUUUCAAACUUCCACUCCAAGAAAUCUCCCUUUGCUGAGCUCAUCCGCCCAUGGUGAGAGACCCUGACUUGGCGUGCUUUCACAAGCCAUGACUGCAGAAAAGGAAAAACCUGACCUUAAUUUUCUCCUGAGACAAUGUGAAUAGCCUUCUUUAUUGCUCAGACUGGUGAUAUAAUGUUGAAAUGGGUUGGCUCCUGAAAACUUAUAUGCAAAACGGGUCUGAUCUUCCAAGCAAGAGAACGGUCCCUUCUCUUUUCUCACUUCCCAGAAAUGGGUUGCCUUCUCUGUGUCUCUAGGGCUCCCUGUAGCCUAUGUGUGGAGGUGGGAGUGGAUGAUGCUUGGAGAGCUGAAAGUUAAUGGCAUCCUCUCACUGGCAGAAUCAGACCCAUGGCUUACAAUCAGAAAAUAGGAACCCAGUGACAAGUUAUUCACAUCUUACCUGCUUCUCCAGAAUGAUGCCUCCUGCCCCCUCCCUUACCCUGUCCCCAGAACAAAAGGAAGAGCUUUGGGGGGGGGGACCCGAUGGGGAGAGUGUCUCUCCUGGCCUCCUGAGUGCCUUCCACCAAAAGAACGAGGUGGCCUUCUCUCCAGGGUCAGGUUGGAACUACAAGGAUCAGCUGACGCCGCUCUGAUGCCGUGACAUCGACUUGCCCCCAAGAACCAGAGAUGCUUUUAGUUUCUCAGUGACAGCUUAGGAGAUCGAAGGUGUGGGUCUUUCCACCAGCAAGGAUGUUUGGCACCGUCCCCCGAGACCCCUUGUCUCCUCUCUGAAACAUCUGAAGUACGAUGGGACAAGCAAGGCCCCUGAGUCCUUGGUACCUCUCCUUUGUCUAGAACCUGAGUGUCAGACUCUAGCGGAUGGCAGCCCCUCCUCUGGUUUCCAGGGCUGCGCCCUAUCCUGCCAAGCACAGCACAUUCAGGAAAAAACCUCUGAACAUGUUUCUAGCAUCUCUAUUGUGUACUGUGCCCAAGUAGUACUCAGUAGGGCACCACUGACUGACUGGCCCACACAUAAAUCCAUCCCUUUAAAUAAUUAAGUGGCCUUAGGUUUCCUUACAAGUCAAAUCCCUCCCCUUGCUGACAAUGGGCUCACAAGUAGUCUUCCUUGUGGCUGUGGGGUGAACCUGCAUGAAUGUUUGCAGGAAGUAGAACCCAGGCGCCGUACUAUGCAGUCCUGGGUCAAAGGCAUAAAUAAAUAAAUAGGACUCCGUGUGUGUGUGUGUGUGUGUGUGUGUGUGUGUGUGUGUGUGUGUGUGUGUGUUUAAUGAGAACUGUUUCAAUUAGUUUGACAUCCUGCUUCUAGCAUAAGGAUGCUCAUCCCUUGUGUCCCUUUUUCAGCAGAUUCACACACCCCACACAGACACAGACACACACACACACCAGCCGGCCAGGUGGAGUGAGUAGGGGACGCCCCUGUGCCUGCUCACUGAGCCCAGGAGUCUCAACCCCAGCCUUGAGGCCAAAGGCAAUGCCCUGUGCCUGCCACCUCCACGCAGCUCCAGGAAGCUGAGGGCCGGCUCGGGUGCGGAAACCUCCUCCCCUGGCGGCUUUUGUUGGCCGCCCUGCUAAUAGCCAGGGCUUAAAAGUUUUCCAUCCUGAGCGGCAAUCAGCUUUCUUCCCCCUGCAUCUCUGGCCAAAGCCCACCGUCCCUGGGCCGCGCCUGCUCCCCCAUCGGAGGAGCCGCGUUUCCCUUCGGGCUGCGUGUUAUCCUCUUAGCCCUACUGUGUUGGAAUAGAGCGGUAAGCAGCUGGAGGACUGUAAGACGCCUGAUAAUGCCGCUCUUUUCCGCUGUCCCGUCUUAAUCUUGUUACACAAAUGGUUGUGAAGAGAUUCAUGAAUUUUAAUUUUGCCCUCUGCGUUAGUACCUCACGUCACUCAUACACAGCUGCCUUCUAUGCCGAGUUUUUCACCCCUCCCCUUACAACAGGGGAAAAAAUUAGUUACAAUCUUGGCAGUAGUGCGAGGUUAAAAAAAAAAAAAUCUACAGAUUUAGGCAACCACCCAUGAAGCUGAUUAACAGUCAGCGAUCAGGAGGAACAGCUUUUGCCUCUUAAACUUUUCACCUCUCAUUGUUAACUGUGAAAUUUUAUUUCCGUUAAAAAGCAAGCCUGUAAUCAAAACGGUGCCAUUCUGCACUUUCUGCCCGUGCUUUUGUUAAGCCGUGCCCACACGGUGCAGCCGGCGUGCUCAGGACCCAGGCGGCCACAACCGUGCCUUUCUGUUUGUCCGGGCAACAGGAAGGAAAAAAAUAAAUAAAAUAAAAUAAUAAAACCCUUCUCUCUCCUCCUCGGCCUCGUCCUGGCCCCUCCAGGCUGAGACUCAAACAUUACUACCCCAUGGUGGGGUGCAACCCCCUAAGACGCAAGAUUGUUAGGUGAGCGAGUGGCUUAGCCAGGGAGAGCCUCCGUUCAGAUCGAGCGAGCGCUGCCUUGAAAGGAGCCGAUGAAGCCGCUCGAAUACUCUUUCAAAAUAGAAUUUCACGAGCCAUGAGUUUGGGGUUUUGUUUUUGGACUUUGGCAAAACCACUGGAGAUUUUAUCCUCUACAUGUUUGUACUGUACUUAGCCCAGGAGGAAAAAGGGGGGGGGGGAGCUUGAGCCGUGAAGUCGGUACAUUGUGUGAAAUGCACGGCCAUAUUGCACUUCCGCUUAUCUAUUCACAAGUGGCUGGUGCUUGUAAUCUGUGUGGUGUGCUGUGGAUAAUUGUGGAUACUGUAAAGGGUAAACAGUCUGAACUCCACUCCUGCUGUACCCGCUGUAGUAAGGCUGAGUGUGUUACAUCCAAUUAUGAAGUAGUGCACAAUGCUGCUAAUAACAGCUCUAUAAUUUAGUGCGGUCCUCAAAGACCCUGUUUUAACCUAUGAAAUUGAAAAAUUGUUUUAUUCACAAUUUGCUUUUUUGAUCCUUUUUUUUUUCAAGGUGCUUUCUUACUCCUUAAAAUUAUAAUUAUUAAUUGAGCAAAGAAGUACAGCCUGGGUAAAUGAAAUUAUUCUUCAGCCUUAUAACAUUUCCCCCAAUCCAAACCAGUAUUUCCUAACAGCUUCGUGUGUGUUCAAGGACUCUCCUGUAACAGAUUUACUUGGUUCAGAGAUAGCUGGGUGGGUGUUGUACUGUUUGUGAGAUGGGGAGUCCCACCCCCACCCCCCAAUUUUCAGAAAGGCUCAAAGGAAGGACCAGGCUGGCCCCCUGGCCCCUUCCAGCAGCCAGACCUCCGCUUUGGCCUCCAGAGGUCAGCACAGAAUUCAAGUUAAAAGUGAUUUCUAGACCAUAUUUACAGAAGAAUUAUUUAUCCCAUAUAUUACCUCAGGGACUUUAUAAAGAGCUCAUUUGAGGCUGUGUAUAUUAGUGCCUUGUCAGGGAGGAGGGCAGCUGACUCGCUCGGAGUACUCAACUUUCCCUUAUCCCCAGUCCCUGAGGAAAGAUUUAGCUAUCAUGGCCCCCUCUCCUCUCGGUGAAAUGUUUCCAUGUGUGCGUUCU